CUUGGUCCUCCUAAUAGAUCCUCCACACAUUAACAUUAACCAAUUGAAGUUGCAUUUUUCUACUUGACCCUCUGUGGUUCACCUCCCCCCGAACACAACCCAGGGAGGAAAGAAGAAACAAACCAGGAUUUAAAAAAAAAAAUCUUGUAAAACUUCUCCUGAGAAAAUUAAGGUUUGUAUUAAUGGAGAGUGAUUCGGGAUCGGAGUACAAGGAAACCUUGCUGCAGAAAGAAGAUACAAUAUACUAUGAGAACUGCCCAGGGUGUAAGGUGGAGCAGCAAAAGGAAUUGCAGAGGGGAGUUCCAAUAAAACUGCUCCUCAGCGUUUGGACUAUUGUUCUCUGUACAUCACUCCCUAUAUCGUCUCUCUUUCCUUUCCUUUAUUUCAUGAUAAGAGAUUUCAAAAUUGCUGGGACUGAAGAAGAUAUUGGUUACUAUGCAGGUUAUGUAGGAUCGGCAUUCAUGUUGGGAAGGGCAGCUACAUCUGUGUUUUGGGGGAUAAUUGCUGACCGUUAUGGCCGAAAACCAGUUAUUAUAUUUGGCACUGCAUCAGUGGUUAUAUUCAAUACUCUCUUUGGUUUUAGCAUAAACUUCUGGAUGGCAAUCAUAACCAGAUUUCUUCUUGGAAGUUUAAAUGGUUUGCUUGGACCAAUAAGAGCAUAUUCUGUAGAAGCUUUUCCAGAACAGUACCAAUCGUUGGGACUCUCAACGGUAAGCACAGCUUGGGGUAUAGGGUUAAUCAUUGGUCCAGCUCUGGGAGGUUUUCUUGCACAGCCUGCAGAGAAGUAUCCUUUACUAUUCUCAGAACACUCUCUAUUUGGAAGAUUUCCCUACCUUUUGCCUUGCUUGUCCAUUUCUCUUUUUGCAUUGAUUGUGACCAUAUUCACAUUUUGGUUGCCGGAAACAAUGCACAAGCAUGGUUCACCGAGUCUUUCAUCUUGCGAUUCAUACAAGGCUUUAGAGGCUGCAUCUCAAGUAGACAAGGAUAAGGAAAAACCGGCUUCCAUCUUCUCGUAUGAGUCUUUGACCGGUAAUUACAGUAGGUAGAAUCAUAUAACACAAAAGACUCUUCAUGAUAUGGCUUAUACCGAGAUAUUUUCGUUAUGGGCUGAGAGUCCACGAAGACUUGGAGGAUUGAGUUAUUCUUCAGAUGAUGUUGGAGUGGUUCUUGCCUUCUCUGGGUUCGGUCUUCUAGUCUUUCAACUCUUCAUGUAUCCCUUGGUUGAGAGAUAUUUUGGCCCGACAAUGACAACAAGAGUUGCAGGAAUUUUGUCAAUACCCCUGCUAACAAGCUACCCGUACAUUGCAUUGUUGUCGGGCAUCACCCUCUCCCUGGUGUUAAACUGCGCCUCUAUCAUGAAGAACGUUCUGUCUGUUUCAAUCGUAACAGGAUUUUUCAUACUGCAGAACAAUGCAGUGGACCAAGAUCAAAGAGGAACCGCAAAUGGCAUUGCGAUGACUGCAAUGUCAAUUUUCAAAGCUUUAGGUCCUGCAGGAGGAGGAACACUAUUUUCUUGGUCCGAAAAGCGCCAAGAAGCUUCCUUCCUUCCAGGCAAUCAAAUGACAUUCUUUGUUCUGAAUGUGAUUGAGGCUACUGGCAUACUGCUCACGUUUAAACCAUUUCUUGUUACACGUUAAGCUACAGAUUGAUCAUCCAUCCUUCUCAACGUUCUUCUGGCACCAUGCAUGCAAAUCAUUCAUUAAUUUCCAUGGAGUAGUUUGCCCCAACCAUGGAAAUUAAAAUGCAGAUUUUUUUAAUAUUUCAAUGAUCUCCCAGAUUCUCCGUUGCUAUUAAUAAAUAAGUAAAGGGUGUCUCCCUUAUAUGGUGUUUCACUUUAUAUAACUAUACAUACUACGUAUAAUUUUUGUGUAACAUUUAAAAAACAAUUUUAUUCUUGUGAGACACACCUUUGCAUUAAAAAAAUAAUUUUAUUCUUGUGAG